CCUCACAACCCGGAAACAAAAGCGAAGUCAGGACCAAAACAAAUAUGGCGUCCACCAUGACGACGGAAAGCGUGUUCAAGCGAAUAGUCGGUGUUUCUUCUGUUCUAAUCUCAUUAUUUUGGACGAAUUUUGCUUUUCCUUGAGGUAAAUAUACGAACUAAUCGGAUUUCGAUUCGCAAACGCCAGCCGAAGAAUUAGGAAAAAGUAGGGAAAUGCGGCGGAAGUGUCCGUUUCGUAUUUGAACGUAAACAUCCGGUUGUGCGUUGUUGAUGUCAGCUCGCUGUUGCAGAAAAGUGGGAAAGUUAAAACGAUUCUUUUUACCUUUCGAAAGGAUGAGACACCACAUGGGAUGUAACUGAGCAUGCAAAUAAACAUGGACUUUGAUUUGUGGACACACUGAGAGCACAGUGCCAUGGGACCAGUCGACAUUAUUAUUUCCACUGUAGGAAAAUGCCUCGAUGCAGCCUGCUUAAUGCUGGAUGUGAACUUCCUCCUCGUGCACACGCUAGUCCGCACUUUCCUUGCUGUGUACCACUUUAUCAUCAAUCUGCCCGCACUCUUGGUCUACUCCUUCGUGGAGCUGGGCAACUUGGUGCUGUUCAUCUUGCUCUCCACGGCGGAGGCCACGUCCCAUGGCGCAGCGACCGUGCUGUGCGGCGUCAUGCUGUCUCUGGAGGGGCUUCUGGAGAGUCUGAAGAUGGUGGGCUACCUGUUCACGCACCUGCUGCUCCGUGGCAAGGAGCAGGUGUGUCGGGGGCUGUUGUUACUGUUUGAGGCGUGCAAUAUAGCACUCAGCCUCCUGGUCUACCUGGUAAACACGGCGGUCAACUACAUCAUCAUCGGCGUCCUGAACCUGUACUCGGCCGUGGUUGGCGUGUGGCAGACGGUAUCCAGCCCGCUGCAGAUGGUGCUGGAACUCACGCUGACCUCCGUCACCUUUCUCUACAGUUGCCUGAUUGGCACGUCUGCGUUCCUGUGGUCCCCCUGCAAGCUGGCGUUGGACUUCCUGGCGUCGCUGGUACACAUCUUCAUCAGCAUCUUCAUCCUAAACACGUACGGCUUGGCGCUCACCGUUGGCAUCGCGUUGACGGCCACCGCCUACUGUAAUCCGGAAGUCACCAGGCGGGCGUCGCAGCGACUGGUGGCAUCCGUGAACUCUUUCCCAGCCACGAGGAGACUUUUUGUGACGCUUCACUUAACUUUGGAUUUAAUACACGCGUGCAUGAGUCACCUACGGCAGAUGUCGCUUCACCUUUACCUGCUGGAGAGAAGGAUUUGGCGGCAGCUGUCUCGCCACAGCAGCGCGUUGAGACUGCUGCUGAGGAGGCAGCUCCACGAUGGAACCAGAGCGGGCGAGGAGAACAGGCGGGACCCGCCUGACGGGCGAGCGGGGGACGAACAGCGGGAGCAGCCAGCCCCGUCGCCGUCGUCAUCCAGCACGGCGAGACCUCUGAAGGCCGAGCGGCAGUGGCGGCCCCCGGUAGAAAACCUGCUGACGCUGCUGAGCGAGCAGGAGCAACACAAGAUGUGCGUCAUCUGCCACGACUGCGCCAAGACGGUGGUUCUGCUGCCCUGCCGACACCUGUGCUUGUGUCGAGACUGCACCGACAUCUUGCUGCGGCAGCCCUUCCACCGGCACAACUGCCCGCUGUGUCGCCGCAUUAUCUUCGACACCAUCGAGGUGUACCUCUGAAGCCGCACAAUAACUCAUUUUUGCGACAGCUAAAAUGAUUUUUUUUUCUUUUCUAUUAAUAUUCUAACUUGACUUAAGUCAGCAAGGAUAAACGCUGCCUUCACUGUGACUCUGAAAUAGCCAUAUCAAGUAAUUGCCUUCUUCAAUUAAUUUUUCCCCAAUUUAUCCCUGUAAGAUAUGACUGAACUCAAUAAGAUUAAGGGAAAGGGGAAAAGAAACACCGCAGAACAAGUGUACCGCUCAAAUCAUCAAGUCAAAUAACUCAGAAAACUCAUCACAGUCGAAUAGUGGUCAACCGGUGUACCUCAGUCCUUUGAUUUCAGCGUUCGAAUCUCAGCUUCAGCCUACCUGUGUGGACAUUCCAUGUACUCCACUAUGUGUUUUAUUUUUUUAAUUCCAGGGUAUUCUGCUGUCCUCUUGGAUUCCCAAAAUCUGCAUAUUCAGCUCAUUAAAAACAGAUAGUAAAUUGUCUGUAGGUGCAAAAGUUGGGGUUCGGGCACUAUUCUAAAAAAAAGAAAAGUUUGGGCUCACAAAGUGGGGCGAGUAUGCAUUCUUGCCUUAUUUUUGUGUUGCUGUUCUCCCCCCAGUAUUCAUGCUUCCUCCCUGACCCCCAAAACUUCAUGUGAGAUUGAUUGAGGAUUGUCCGAUAUCUAUUCUCUUUGGAAGCACAGUAGAAAGUGGUACGCACAUCCCCCUUGCAGCCAAUAAGGUCUGGGUUUGAGUCUCACGUCAGCCCCUUAUUUGCGUGGAUCUCGGCAGGUAUUCUGAUGUUUUCAAAAAAUGUGUUUUAGGUUCAAUUAGGACUCCAGUUGUCCACGAGUUUGAAUGGUUGUUCGCCAAUGUGUGCCCCGUUGUACUGACCUUUGACCCUAAUAAGGACCAACGUUUAAAAAAGAAAUGGUUGGAUGGUGUCCAUCUGUGGUGUGUUGAUGAACCACUCAUUGUUAUAGUGCUGAUUUAAAGGAGUCACUCUUAUCAAAUAUAACAAACGGGAUGGUCCAAUCUCCUCUAACUUCCGAAGUGUGUUUAAGAGAGAUGAUUAUGUAAGAAGACAGACAGCCAACUUGUUUUCCCAGCUGUAUUAAGAGGUCUUGAAAUUACACGCAAACAGUUGGAACUGAAUAACUGUGAUGCUGAUUUUGUUUGAAGGUGUUAAACAUCUGGUUUUGGGUUAUUUAAUAUGAAAGAAAGACAAAUGUUUUCAAAAGGAAAUACAAAAACAUAUACAAGAUGACUGGUGGUUGUAGUAUUUAUGUAGACGCACUCAAUGUGAACUGCAAGAUAAAAGAAAGAUGAGGGUUAUUUUUUGUCACACCAGAAAGUGCAAGUGCCGCUUUGACUUGUCAGCCUUAUGCUAACUUUGCUGAACCUUUAUUUAUUUUUUAUUUUUUUUAGUUUAUAGCUAGAUUUUCACGUAUGGAUCCUAAACAAUUUCCUUUAUUAAGGAUUUUUGCAUUUGCCCCCAAACACCCCCCCACCCCCCACCUUACAUCUUUAUUAUGCCUUUUUUCUUGUAUGGUAAUAGAUCUAGAAAUUACUGUACAGAAUUCCAAUCCGCCUGGAAGUGUUUUGUGUUUACUAAGUUUACAAUUUUCAGAGAAUCUGUGUGGUAUUUUGUGUAUGUAUGAUUCUAUGGAAAGUGACACCUUUUGAAUUGUUUUUUUUUUAAUAUAUUUUGUGAGUGAAAAAAUAUGGUAUCCACAGCCUCCUCAGGUAUUUCUAUGGCAAUACACAGUAAGCCAUUCCUACGAAUGCAACAGUUGAACAAGUGUUCUAUGUGAAAGAAGGAAGACAAUGUGAUUUGCAGACUUGAAUGUAACUCAAUGGGAUUGACGCCACACUCAAGUGAGACUUUUCAUAAUAAAACUGCAGCAAAUGGCAUUUUGGGACUUUGCUGUUGCGGUUACGUGAUCAUUUCUGUUAUUUUCAUUUGAUUGAUUUAAAUGGUACACUUUCAAUGUUAAAAUGCAUGCAAAAAAGACCAGAUAAGGAUGACGUUUGUGAGGCCAAUUUGAAUGUCAGCUACUCUGGGAGCAUAUUGCACCCAUAUAAAGGCUUUUUAAAAAUUAUUAUUAUUACAAACAGCACCGAUAAAUGAUUGCUUUUACGGCUAAGUACAAAUUCAGUCUAAAAUAAAGAAAGAAAUACUUUGUCUCUGAUGAUUCUAGGAAAACAUGAAACCAACUGUUUGACAAAUAUAAGU